UUUUUUUUUUAUUAAUUUUAAUAAAUGAAAAAUGGCUUAUACAUCAGUUUCACACACCGACUCAACAUGCGCACCGGUAAUCUUUCUCUAUAUAAAUUAUAAACUCUUCGUAUCUCUAAUUCUCUCUCUACCCUCUUCUUCUUCUUCUUCUUCUUCAACUUGGAGUUUCUCUCUCCUCGUAGUGAUCAUAUUCUCUCUUUUUCUCUGUGUUCGUGUGCUCUUUGGCUUUCUGGGUGCGUUUUCUCUCUACUUUCUCCCCUCUAAAUUCUCUUUUUCUCUUCGUUCAAUCUUCGGGGCACGCCGAAAACAAUGGUGGAUCUUCCAACGGUUUGCUGCAUGUGCGGCGACGUGGGUUUCCCUGACAAGCUUUUUCGCUGCAACAAAUGCCGUCAUCGCUUCCAGCACUCAACCUCUUUUAUCUUCACAACCAUCAUACACGAACCACGAUCGUGGUCCUACUCUUGCCAGCUUUUAUCUUCAUGGGUAUUGUAGCAACUACUACGGAGAAUUACCUGAGAUAGAACUGUGCGAUUGGUGCCAGAGCGAAGAGAAGAACCUGAGACAUAUUGGGUCAAAUUCGAAGAAACCAGUGACUGGAAACGAGGCCGGAGCCACCCACCGUUCGGAAUAUUCCGGCGAGAAAAUGAUCAAACAGCAUGAUCAUCGUGAAGAGAGUGGUUCUGAGAAGGGGAAGAGUCCCACACCGUCGCCACGACCCGGCACACGCAGGUACAAGCUUCUGAAGGAUGUAAUGUGUUAAGAGAGGGAAAGGAAACCAAGAAGAAGAAGAAGGAAAAACAAGACAAUAUUAUAGGUGACUUUUGUGUCUUUUAAAGAUGUUUCUGUGUUAAUAGCCUGUAGUAGCUUUGCAAAGAGUGUGUGUUUCUUGAGUGUUUUUCUCUACUAUGAUCCUUUCGUCUUGAUGAGUGGCUUUUGAAGCAAGUUGUGAAUAAAACAAUGCUACUUUAGUAUCUACUAUAUAGUAUCUAUUAUAAUCUUCCUGUUUUUAAUUA